AUGGCGGGCUCGCCAUUAUUCAGUGGCUCUGGUUGUUGCACGAGCACUUCUACUAAACUGGUGAUUGUGAUCUCCGCUGGUGUUUCGCUGUUACAACCCACCAUAAUACAUAAUAGACACGCCUACCUAGCACUCACCAAUCAGUUGGACGGGUCAAAUUUUGUUCCUGCUGCUAUCGAUUGUCGGCCCUUCCUGAGUCAUUACGCGGCAGUAGGAUGCCAUAAGGAUUAUAAAGAUGCAAUAAUAGAGCGGCACAUCUACCGGGCUCCUAACCUGUCCGGGUACCCAGAUGAUGCAAAGCUCGAAGGUGUAGUCGAUGCCUUCCAUGCCGACUUGUCCUGCCAAGUGCUGAUGAACUCAACCAAACUUCCCAAAGUACCCCUUCAUAUCGUCAGGCAUGUUCAAGCGAACAGUUUAUGGCACGCCAUUUUGGUGCUCCUAACAGUCAUCAUGACUACUAGGUCGAUUGAUGCCAAACGCACCUUUCCUAGGAAUCCUUGCAUCGGCGCAGUGAUCAUCUUCUGGAAGGCUGUCCAGAGCUAUUGGGAGACAGUGUAA